UUAAAUAUUUUUUACUUAAAAAUUGAAUUUUAGUUUCAGAUUUUUAAACCUCAAGUCCUCCAUCUUCUCUUUCCUUUGCUUCGUUCUUAUUGGUUGGUUCUUUUUGGAGCAUCUCCGUCUAACCAAUCAGGAUGCAUUUUGGCAAAGAUCAGAUUUUAUGGACAAAUUUUUAAACAGUUUUCUGAUGGAGAAUAGUAAAGUGGUGGAGAAACCCUUAGAUUUAACCAGGUUGGACGAAAGACUGACUGACAAGUCUGUUAAAUUCAUCCAAGAAUCUGCGCAGUCCGAGGACCCGUUCCUUCUCGUGCAUUCCUUUACACAUGUACAUGUUCCAUUAAUAGGCAGUCCGAAGUUUUCUGGAAGAAGUGUGCAUGGUUCCUAUGGGGAUAGUAUUCUGGAGACAGAUUUCUGUAUUGGCAGAAUACUGCAAACCCUCAGAGAUACGGGGGUAGAUAAUAAUACGUUUAUAUUCUUCACUUCAGAUCAUGGAGGAAAUCAUCCACAGGUUGGGGAUAAAGGAGGUUACAAUGGGGAUUUCCGUGGAGGGAAGGGGAAUGGAGCUUUAGGAUCUGAUGUAUCACAGAUGCAUUUAGACGGAGUUUCUCUUGUUCCCCUUCUCACAUCAAACCAUCCACUCCCGCCCCGAACCUUAUACCAUUUUUGUGGAUCCGAUGUUUUUACCGUCCGAUCAUGGACCGGACAGAAAACUUACAAAUGGAUCUUGAGCCAGCCCAAGUUGAACCAAAAUGGCGGUUGUGAUACCGAUUUUUGUCCAUGUCAUGGGCCCGGAGUUGUUAAACACGAGACAGUGCUAUUGGUUGAUAUUGACGAUGACAGAAGAGAAGAAAAUCCGCUGGAUCCGGAGUGCAAAGUGUACACUAGUCUUGAGCCAAAAAUGCGAGAAGAACUGAAUGCAUUUCGCGAGGAUGUGGCGCGAAACAGCAUGCCGUCACAGUUGUUCUCUUGGAGAGUCAUGCCGCAUCCGUGGUUGCAGCCAUUCCUUCCUGUGCAGUACAUAGAAGAUUAG